GCUUCAGCGGAAGCGCUCGGUUUAUUUCCGACUACUGUUCCCUUUAAAGGCGGAUUUAAAGCGGCUUGAACUGCGAGGCGUCUCGGAUGAUCCAUUCAGAGCCCCAAGACCAAACCAUCAGUCAAUCCCGAUCACCCACACACUGUCCCAGGCGGUCCUGUCGGAGUGACCCCCUACACACGGACUGGUCACCAUAUUCCGGGCUCCUGGGUGCCAAAACUGCUGCUUAGCUGGGGCGCAGCUGAUGACGGUGCCAGGCCUCCUCUGUAAAAGAGCUGCUGCAUGCAGGCACAGGAGAUUUAUGAAGCUUUCAAGGCCUCUUGAUUGAUAAGCCACUCGAUGGGGAUUCACCGGCGAGCUCCCAGCUGUGUGUCCUACCCUGCGGCCCGCUGCCUGCCCUCUCUCUUCAACACCUCCUCCACCGAAAUCAUGAAACUAGUAUUAACUGAAUGGCAAAUUAUAUGGAUUUUUACUAUUUCUAAUAGACAGUAAUAAACACCUUCACCCACACACUACAUAUAUACACUCAUCUAUUCUCACACACACACACACACACACACACACACACACACUCCUACAAUCACUUACAUACAACCUCAUGUAUACACUUGCUCACCCCGAAGUGAGCAACCUUAUGAGGAAGCCAUAUCUCCCUCACGGGUGCAUACCAAAAAACCCGACCAAGUUCUUCUAAGAGCUUCCUGGCAUGCCCUUGAAGAACCCAAACGGAAUGUAUUCUGCACAUUGAGCAUUAAAAUUCCUCUCAACAGUGUACUUCGAUUACCAAAAGGAGCAGCCUGGAUUGUAAGGCGUUUCGUUCACAUUCUGAAUUGAUCCAGCUUUUCGAUUUGGGAAUUUUUGCACGCCUGUAAAAUCGAGGUGUCCUCCCAUUGCCGAUUGCAUGCUGACGACGAUGGCGCCCCAGAACGCUGAUGCGGAUGCUAUGCAGGUGCAGGAGGUCGUGGUGGUCCCUGCUAAGGCGGCUAGCAGAGGCUCGGACGGAGGUGGAGGAGGAGGCGGUGGAGGAGGAGGUCGGGACCGGGCCGACGCGGGGAAUGGAGCCACUGCACGGGACCAGGAGAAUCAGGAGGAGUCAGCGAGUGAGGGGUCUAUAGACAGCAUCCCUUUGCGCCAGUGGGUUAUGAACGGAGCAAUCAUGUUCGGACGAGAGUUCUGCUACGCAAUGGAGACGGCCCUGGUGACUCCCGUGCUGCUGCAAAUUGGUCUUCCAGAACAGUACUACAGCCUGGUGUGGUUUCUGAGCCCCAUCUUGGGCCUCAUGUUUACCCCUUUGAUAGGAUCAGCCAGCGACCGCUGCACUUUGCGCUGGGGUCGCCGCCGGCCCUUCAUCCUAGCACUGUGUGUGGGGGUGCUCUUUGGUGUUGCUCUCUUCCUCAACGGAUCUCUAAUAGGCUUGGCUGUAGGAGACGUGCCCAACAGGCAGCCUAUAGGCAUCGUGCUGACCGUAUUAGGAGUGGUGGUGCUGGACUUUUGCGCCGACGCAGCCGAGGGGCCCAUCAGGGCCUAUCUUUUGGACGUGGCUGACACGGAAGAGCAGGACAUGGCUCUCAACAUCCAUGCUUUCUCAGCAGGACUGGGAGGCGCUGUGGGUUAUGCACUUGGUGGUCUUGACUGGACGCACACCUUCCUUGGUCAGGCUUUUAAGUCCCAGGAACAAAUCCUGUUUGUGUUUGCUGCUGCAAUAUUCAUCGUUUCAGUGGCACUGCACCUUUUCAGCAUUGAGGAGGAACAGUACAUCCCGCAGCAAGAACGACUGGAUGAGGAGGCUGAUGGGACGACCUCUGUCAAACUGAAUGUUCUUCUUGGUCUUCCGACAUCGCAGCCGCAGCUGGAUCUGAUUCCUGAGGAUGAGCCCUAUGAGCGUGAAGCGCACUCAGCCGAUCAUGAUCUGGACUUCCUAGACGUGGAGCUGGUGCGCAGUAAAAGCGACUCGGUGCUAGCCAUGGGAGAUGGCAGCCUGGAGCAUGAGGCACUCUUUUUGCGCCAGAUAGAACCAUCCAUUUUUCACGACCGCUUAUCAUCAUACCACAGCCAAGAGUUCUCACAUGGGCGCUUCAGCCUAAGCCGUCUCUCAUCACUAGCCCAUGAGCCCGAGGGUGAAGACGUCCCACUCCAUGCGGAUCCCAAAGAUCUCAAUGGCCAACCAGCUGGGCACAGCGAUACCACCCAGCCACUUCCAGCAAACGCGCUCAAAUCCUCCUGCAGUACCGGAGCUGCCAUCCGGCGCCGCCGCCACACUUUCUACCGCCAGUCGUCUUGUACUUUCUCUUACUACGGGCGCCUGGGCUCGCACCGCUACCGCUACAGGCGCGCUAACGCCGCCGUGCUUAUUAAACCUUCACGCAGCAUGAACGACAUCUAUGAGAUGCAGCAACGCCAGAGGAGGGGACAACGGCACAGGGCUCGGCACCAAAGUGGCAACACGACGUCCAGCGGAGACACCGAGAGUGAGGAGGGUGAAAUGGAAACAACUGUACGCCUCCUCUGGAUGUCCAUGCUAAAAAUGCCCAAAGAAUUGCUGCGCCUCUGUCUUUGCCACCUGCUUACCUGGUUCGCCAUCAUCGCCGAGGCCGUGUUCUACACUGACUUUAUGGGACAGGUCAUCUACGAGGGCGACCCCACGGCUCCUUCCAACUCUACUGAGCUGCAGAGUUACCAUAAAGGAGUGCAGAUGGGCUGCUGGGGGCUGGUGAUUUAUGCUGCUACUGCUGCUGUCUGCUCAGCUUUACUCCAAAAGUACCUGGACAACUUUGACCUCAGCAUAAGGGUCAUCUACAUUCUGGGCACCCUGGGCUUCUCUGUUGGCACGGCCGUCAUGGCCAUUUUUCCCAAUGUCUACGUGUCCAUGGUGAUGAUCAGCAGUAUGGGUAUCAUCUCCAUGAGCAUCUCGUACUGUCCAUAUGCGCUACUGGGCCAGUACCACGAGAUUAAACAGUAUAUCCAUCACAGCCCUGGUAACUCAAAGCGAGGCUUCGGGAUCGACUGCGCAAUCCUGUCCUGCCAGGUGUACAUCUCUCAGAUCAUCGUAGCGUCAGCGUUGGGGGCAGUCGUGGACGCGGUGGGCAGCGUUCGUGUCAUCCCCAUGGUGGCAUCCGGUGGCUCCUUCCUGGGUUUCCUGACCGCUUGCUUUUUGGUUAUCUAUCCGGGCGAUAAUGACGGAGAGAAGAGUGAGCAAAACAAAGCCCUCACCAAUACCCGCAACGGAGAAAACGACCCCGGCACCGAGAAGCCCAGUGUCCUGAAGCUCACACGCAAAGGCACCACCACCACCACCACCUGCAAGGUGGAGUGUGAAUCUACACUGUGAUUACAGCAAACAGCUGUUGGAGCUCACAUUCCAUCCAUCUCUGCAGAGCUCAGCUUUCACAAUAGGAGGGGUGUAGAUUUUUUUUAGUAGGUGGCAUGGAUAUUCUUGAUCCUCAGGGCCACUAGGGGGUGCCGGACAUUCGAUUUGACAAGGGCAUUGUGGUUUCUCUAUAUAGUUAUCUAUUUUAGCAUGCACUUCAUCCAAAUCAAAGAUCCUACGUCUAUUCUCAGUGCAAGAUGUUACCAAAUCUAUUUUAAAUGAAUAUAUUUCUCUAAGAUCGUCAAUUGGAUUCUCGGUUUUGUUUCCAUUUAUUAUUCCUCCAUGCUUGUUUGUCCAGGAAGAGAAAUUUUCCCAGAGUACAUUUAUAUGGAGAAAUAUUCAAUCCCUUGUUUUUUUGUUUUUUUUAUUUGUGUCUUUAUGUGAAGGUGUGAUCAAGCACCCAAUAGUUAUAAAACAGAUCCAAAUGCUCUGUAUUUUGUUUAGCAUAUUCGAUCGUGCAAAAGUCAGUGCCACCUGGUGGUGGAUACGCUUUAGCGCUAAACUAAUAAUGUGCAACAGACUUCAGUGCUGCAGCUGAGACUUUAGAGCCACAAGUUCCACAUGCAGUAAAUGAGUGAGUGUGUGAAAGAAGAUGCUUCGCGUAUCUUUCGGUUGUACCAGUACGUGAUUGGAGUCGACUCGUGUAAUUUGAGUGCCUGUACUUGGGGCAAUGAGGUGAUCGGGAAGGUGCUUGAGAGGGCGUUUCAGUGUCGGCGCUUGGCCGUUUUCACUUUUUUGGGAAACACUUAAUGCUGAAUUCAGUCUAAAACACUGUUGUUUUUAGUUUCUUUUUGUCCACUUUUCUAAAGUGAACGAAAGGUGCUUUUGACUAGAGUGUGGUGCACCAUCAAUAGUAAUGUUUACAUUCUCCUUUAACUGCUGCAUGUUGGAAGGCACUUUACCGACCCUCCCCUACAAAGUUUGCGCGAUUUUUCUGGUCACCUCUGGCACCUCGGCUCCUCCAUGGCCUCAGGAUCAGUCCCGGUUUACUAUAUAGCGGUGCAAUACACCUGCUAUGGUGGACGCUGGGGAGGGUGUGUGCUUGAUCUUUGGAGUCUUCAGGGGUUUUGAUGUCAAAUGGUAAGAUUUCUGACUUGGGUCAGGAUUCGAUUAGGAUCAAAGACACAAAAUUUACUUCCAUGUUGCUGUUUUAGCAUGUCGGACUACUCUGAAGCAUGUCGACAAUUUUCUUGUUUCCCAAGAAACAGAUUUGUACUUAAGUCUUUCUUUAUACAGUAUUACAAUUAAGUCAUAUGCUGAAAUAGUUUUUUUUUAAUGGGGAAUGUUGAUUAAAAGAUGAAACCAAACUUGAAGAAUCUCACACACACACACACACACACACACACACGGCUUAUUUUUUAGACAAAUCAGACACAGUUGCAAUAAUAACGUUACUUGCCUCAGAGCGUGUGAACGUUUUGAGUGCUGGAUUUUUCUACCUAGUGCAUGAGGGUGUCGCAUCCUAGAUACUAAAGAAAUGCAAUACGUUUUAUGAAGGCCAUCAAGCCUCUAUCAUAAACUUUGAACAUGUAAAUAAUGUGUUAUAAUGCAUUUAUAAGGCAUUGUUGGUAACAUUAAAUUGUUCGUGUUAUAAGUAUUACUUGUGUACUACAGCGACACCAUCUGCAUCUGUUUAGUGCUUUAAGAAAAUCUUUAUUCGUUAUAAAAAAUUAUUUAAAAAAUGGCCGUAACCCAAAUGUUCAAGGUUUUUUUUUACUAUUAUUAUUGUUUGUUUUGUUUUUAAUAAAUAUAAACCAGAUUACAAAACUCUGGAGAAAAUCAUCUAAAUUAUUUAUUUUUUUUUUAAAUUAAUUUUGUUUUAUUUUAUUAAUUUUUAUUUUUUUAUAGUGAUUAUUUUCUCUAUACCUCAUAGAAAAUAUUCCCUGACAUCUUCUUACAAACGUAUUUCAUUAUAUUUCAUAAAAUAAAAAUGAACCAGCCGGUAAAAAAUGAUCUGUCCAUUCCAUAUAAUGUAUUAAUAUAAGAAAUAAAUAAAUAAAUAAAUACAAAUGAGUGCUACAACACAGUAACAUUUCAGUACAUUCAGAAUUAAAAAAUAAUCUGAAAAAAUACAACCUCAGUUGUAUCUGUUAAAUAUAAUAUGCAAGCUGAGUUUUUCUGUGUUAGUUUGUAAACUAUAUACAGAAUGCACUGUAUAUUAACAAUUACUAUCAUGAAGUGCAAUUUUUCACCGUAAAAGAAAAUCUAUUGUGUAUAGUGUAAUGCCUUGAAAAUGUGUCAUAACAUGGAUAUGGAGGAUGUGAAUGUGGCCUUCAUAGAAAGUGUUAAAUGAUAUGUUCUCAUUAUAAAAAAUAUUGUAUAUUAGAGGCUUGGCUUUGGUCAGUAGACAAGUCUCUAGUUGUUUUUUUUGUUGUUGUUGUUGUUUUUCAUAUACUUGAAGCGUACUGUUUUCAUACAUUUUUUUCUUUCAAUCAUCCAAGAAGGUGUAUGGUAAAGACCUGUAUGAAAAGCCGCUGCGUUGGACUUGGUUUUUGAAAGUCAUUUAAAUGUAACUUUUGUCGUUUUAUUGUUUUUAAUCUAUGAGCAAAAGAUCUGAUAUUGCAAAGAGCUUGCACAUGGGCUGACGUCCCUGACUUGGAUUAUGCACGUUCUUGGAAUACGAAGGAUUUCCACCUGGGCAAGUUCGAGACGAGGAUUCAUCCUCGUCCAAUAGGACGCCCAAAUAGAGUAUAAAGAAUCGUCUUGCGAAAGUUAAAAGAAAAGUGGAUAUUUAUUUUUGAGGUUUUGUUUCAUGUUAUACAAAAUGCUUUGGUUUUUAUUUAAAUCUGAAACUAUAAUUACAGAGAGAUCUAUUAUUAAGUGUUGUACUGAAUGCAAAUUGAAGUAUGAUCCGAGGCUGUGUGUGUGUGUGUGUGUGUGUGUGUGUGUGUGUGUGUGUGUGUGUGCGUGCUAGAGACAUCAGAAAUAGGCUUGUCUACAUUUCAUAGUUUACAAACCUUAAUUUAAAGCAGAUAUCACUUGAUUCUGAUUAUAUAGCUAGUUGAAGGGAUGUGGUUGCAGAUCAUCGUUGCCUCAUUGCGACCGUUUCUUUGUUCGAUGUUCGACAUUUUUGAAGCAAGUAAGUGGAAGUUGUCACGGCAGACAAGAACGUAUGAAGGAGAAUAGUAUAUCUGCAGUGUACUAUAUGCCUUGUUCUUUGACAGUUGUAUAUAUACAUAAAUAUAUAAAUAUAUACGGUAUAUAUAUAUAUAUAUAUAUAUUCCUUUGAAAUAGUUCUUUUUGCUGCUAUAUAUAAAAAAAAGCUGAUUAUUUUUUAUUAGUUUCAUUUUCUAAGAACUGUACAUAACAUCUGUAAAUAUGCACAAGCCUUUCAAAUGUAGAUCUAUUCAGGAACACUGUAUUGAAUGCACCUUUAAAGAAUCACUAAAAGAAA